UUGGCGGAACUGAGCCCAGUGGAGAACGACUUACAGCCGCUUUGUCACGCAUUGCCUCAGCACCGUACCAGCAGGCCAAACGCAGAUCACCUAGGACGACAUAUCUAUACAUUCAUGACCGGACAAGGAUUACGUGGUUUAGAAGACAAUUGCAAGGAAGAGAUAGAACGGAUUUUACACAGGACUGUUGGGUUAUAGGAGAGCCCCAGGCAACCAUGGAUACAACUUUGCAUAGCCUGCAGAAACCGACAGCUUCAACCGACAAGGUCCUGGACGGCGGAACGGGACUCGCUUUGGAUAUGAGUAUGGGGGACCGGGAAUUCACGGAACAAUCGAUUAGAUUUACCGACAAAAUCCCGUUAGUGAAGCCCUAUUUAAAAAAAAAAAAAGGACCGAGGAAACUAGACUCAAAAUGCCUCCGUGCGCUCCAGGACCCAAUCCUGACCACAUUACUGAGUACAGAUGCACUUGUUACCGGAGACGGGGUGUUUGUUCCCCGGAACCCUCCGACAAGGACAGCGGGGAACCUGUGCACUGCGGCUGUGGUCAAACAGGCGCGGAUUGGUGGGCCUGUGUGUCUGAAAGAUUCGGGAGCUACCGGAGUAACGGCUAUGAUUACCGGGGACAAUGACACAGAAAUGAUACCGGUAGAUCUCCAGCGCGUGACAAUAGACCCUAACGAACGCAGAUUCCAGCUCAAACGUGUCCCCCGGGCGCGCGAGGUGGGGGCGGCAACCCCCACACCAGAUACCCCUCUAGUAUCCCCUCCAAGCCAGGGGAGCAACACGAUGAGUGACCUCUUCGCCUCUAAAGCCUUGCAGGGGCCAGAUUGUCUGACCAUCAAAGACAGUACGAACACCCCCAGUCUCCAGGCCGACAAAGGCGAGAUAUUUCAGGAUAAAAGCGAAGAGGCCUCCCUGGAUCUAGUGUUUGAUCUGCUAACCCAGCUCCAGUAUCACACGCACCAAGCCGACGCAGUUUCGAUCUGCGUGGAUUUCCUGCAAGGGUUGUGUGUGUACGGGAGUGACUGCGCUUACCACCAUACUGUGCUGCCUUACCACUGGCAGAUCCGCAGCAGUGAUACUGAAAGCUGGCAAAGCGUGGCGGAUGAUUCGCAGGAACAGUUGGAGAGGCUUUACUGCAAUCCGGACAAUGAGCAAGUCAGGCUCAAAUAUCAGGGUCGUGUGUUUUCCUUAGACUUCAAUGCAAUGCGUGUAUGUGACCUGGAGUUCGACCACGUCAGACGGUUGACCACUCCCUCCAGCCCUGCCUCCCCACCCCCAAACACAAACCCCGCCCCUAACUGCCACACAGUGUGGAAAUACUACUGCAGAGACAACUUCGGCUGGAGAGAAUAUUCUGAGCCGGUGGUGCGUCUGAUAGAGGAGGCUGGCGGUCGUGGUCUGAAGGAGGUCCGGUUCAUCACCCUACAGAACCACUACAUCCUCAACAUCAGAGAGGGUUUCCAGCAGAACGCCGUGUUCGGCUUCAGACGCCAGAUCAAGAAACGACCCCUCUUCCUCUCCUCCGUGGUCCUCACGCCACACCUACAGACUCUUGGUGGCCUCUCCUCUUUCCCCAUCUCCUCCUCCACUCUGGAUCUGUCUGUUUCUCUCCCCCUCUCUCCCACCUUCACCAACUCUCCCAGCGUAUUCCCGGAAACAUGGUUACCCAUGACGACCAGCCAGGACUUCCUGCAGGUUCCGGUAUCCCGUGACGACCGGAGCUAUCGGACCGUCUACACCCUCUUCCACAAGACGGUGUCCGAAACCAAGUUCCGCAUCCUGAAGAUCCUCCGCGUCCAGAACCCCUUCCUCUGGGAGAAAUACAAGCGGAAGAAGGAGUACAUGUCUCGUCGUCUCUUGGAGAUGGACAGGAUGCUGAGCGAGCGUCACCUUUUCCACGGCACCUCCACUGAGGUGGUAGAGGGCAUCUGCAAACACAACUUUGACCCGCGUGUCAGUGGUAAACACGCCACCAUGUUCGGACAAGGCUCCUACUUCGCCCGCAAGGCCGUCUACUCCCAUAACUUCUCCAAGCGCUCUCCUAAAGGGAUCCACUCCAUGUUCCUGGCCAAAGUGCUCACUGGCAGGUUUACAGUGGGGAACCCCUCCAUGCGUCGGCCGCCCCCACUCAGCCCCCGCGACCCCUCCAGUGACCUGUACGACUCGUGUGUAGACAACUGGGUGGACCCCCAGAUCUAUGUUAUCUUUAACGACGACCAGAGCUACCCCUACUUUAUCAUCCAGUACGAAGAGGUUCCCAGUACCGUGGCUAUCUGACACAGAGCAGACUGAACCAAACCCAGUACUGUGGCUGAGAACAGACCAGACUGAACCAAACCCAGUACUGUGGUUGAGAACAGACCAGACUGAACCAAACCCAGUACUGUUGCUGAGAACAGACCAGACCGAAUCAAACACAGUACUGUGGCUGAGAACAGACCAGACAGAACCAAACCCAGUACUGUGGCUGAGAACAGACCACAUUUACAUUUAAGUCAUUUAGCAGACGCUCUUAUCCAGAGCGACUUACAAAUUGGUGCAUUCACCUUAUGACAUC